AUGGACGACGUUGUUAUCUGGCAAAACCGACACCACGCUGCCGCCGAGUCUCUUGUGGCAUACGCCGCAGAGGCGUUCCUCCGUAAUUACUACCCUUCUGUUGCGGCCACCCUGCCCACCAGGGAUACUAUCACCAAGAAGCAGCAGGGCUUGUGUAGACACCAACUCCGUGUCUCGCAGCCGAGCCACGAUGCGCGACUCGUUUACGACGCUGUUAGCUGA